AUGAAAAUGAAUAAACCUCAGCAAAGCAACCAGACGUUGAAAUAUGUAAGUUUAAUCACUCUGACGUUGCAAAAUGCAUUGGUGGGUCUCAGCAUGCGUUACGCACGCAUUCGACCCGGUGACAUGUUUCUCUCGACAACUGCUGUCGUGAUGGCCGAGGUUGUUAAAUGUGCCACAUGUUUGGUGCUGGUGUACUUAGAAGAGGGUAGUUUUGCGAAAUUCACCCAUUCGUUGCAUACGACUAUCAUUAAGCAACCCGUAGAUACGCUUAAAGUAUGUGUUCCGUCUAUUGUUUAUUUAGUACAAAAUAAUUUAUUGUAUGUGUCAGCGUCUAAUUUGGACGCCGCUACUUAUCAGGUAACUUAUCAACUAAAAAUACUGACAACAGCAUUUUUCGCUGUAGUAAUUCUCCGUCGUUCAUUAUUAAAAGUACAAUGGGGAGCAUUAAUAUUCCUUCUGAUUGGAGUAGUCUUAGUGCAAUUAGCCCAAGACGGAACGAGCAAUGUGCCAUCAGGAAGAGAGCAAAAUCAUCUUCUGGGAUUUGCAGCUGCCCUGGGUUCCUGUUUUCUGUCGGGUUUUGCAGGAAUAUACUUUGAAAAAAUUCUUAAGGGUUCGGAUAUCUCUGUGUGGAUGAGAAAUGUCCAACUGAGUUUGCUUUCAGUGCCGUUUGGCUUGAUGAGUUGCUACGCGACCGACGGUGAGAUGAUAAACAAGCAGGGAUUCUUCUUUGGAUACGACUGGUUCAUCUGCUACCUGGUAUUACUGCAAGCUGGAGGCGGUUUGAUUGUCGCGUUGGUGGUCAAACACGCAGACAAUAUCCUGAAAGGGUUCGCGACUUCCUUGGCCAUUAUUUUGUCCUGCAUCGCGUCUAUUUAUUUGUUUGACUUCAAAAUGACUUUCCAGUUCACCCUGGGUGUAGUUUUUGUAAUAUGCUCGAUUUUUAUGUACGGCCACCAGCCCAAAGUAGAGAACAGAAAUGUCGACAAGCAUACUAUACUUGAGAAAAUUUAA